AUGAAUGAUCCAAUACAAAAUUAUAAUAACGAAGCACAAUAUAUUUCAGAUACUUCUGAUGAAUAUACUUCUGACAAAGCAGAAUCUUCAACAAUUAAUCAAAAAAAAAGAAAAUAUACCAGAGAUAAAAAAGAUGAUGAAGAUAUAAAAAUAAAAUGGCAAGAAAAUUUAGCAGACAAUGUUUCAAAACCAAUAAUUCGAUCAAAAAAUAUAAUCCAAUCAAAUAUUACUACACACUAUCAGCAUAUUACACCUAUUUCUGAUGCUAAAGCUAAAGAACUUGAUCAAGCAAUUCUUAAAGCAUGGGUUUGCUGUGGAUUCUCAUUUCAAACAAUAGAAAAUCCAUUUAUUAUCGAUCUUUUUAAGCUUGCCAUUUCAGGAUAUACCUUACUAUCACGUACUAUUCUUUCUGUUAGACUUUUGGAACAAGAAACUGCUAGAAUUGAUAGAAAAAUUGAACAUGAACUAUUGAAUGAGCAUAAUCUUACACUUA